ACCAAUCGCUACCUAAAAAUAUACCAAAACUCAAGAUCUGAUUUCAUUUUUUCCCAUUGCUCCAUUCCCCAUUUAAACACAACUCACCUUCACUGGAAGACCAAAUUCCCACAAAAACAAACAAACUCAAGAACCAGUGUCGAGUAUCGUACUGCUCUAGUUUGAAAUGGCGAUGAGGGAGAAGGUUUUGUUUGUCAUCUUUAUUAUGGGGCUGAUCAGUUUUUGUCCGUCAUUGAUGGAGGGGAAGAUGGAAAAUGAUGAUUUUAUUGGAGAGGUGAAUGUGAAGCAACUAAGGAAAAUGGCAUGGAAGUAUAAUGUGACGAGUUUGUUAGUGUUUGGAGAUUCAAGUGUUGAUCCUGGGAAUAACAAUCUUCUUUCCACAACAAUGAAGAGCAAUUUCCCUCCUUAUGGGAAGGACUUCUUUAAUGCUCUUCCUACUGGCAGGUUCUGUGAUGGAAGGCUUGCCACUGACUUUAUUGCUGAGGCCUUGGGAUUUGGAGAAACAGUACCAGCAUUUCUUGAUAGAACAUUGAAGCCAAUAGACCUUUUGCAUGGCGUUAGCUUUGCGUCAGCAUCUUCAGGCUACGACGACCUCACUGCCAACUUCUCUAAUGUGCUGUCACUUCCAAAGCAAUUGGAGUAUUUGAUGCAUUACAAACUUCAUUUAUCCCGACAAGUUGGGCAUGAGAAAGCAGAGAAAAUAAUCAGAAACGCCAUUGUUGUCAUCAGCAUGGGAACAAAUGACUUCCUCGAAAACUACUUCUUGGAACCACUUCGACCAAAGCAAUUCAGCUUGGAUCAAUACCAGAAUUUCUUGGUCACUUCCAUGUACCAUAACGUCCAGGUGAUGCAUAGGCUGGGAGUUAGAAGACUAGUGGUUGUGGGAGUACCUCCAUUGGGGUGCAUGCCAGUUGUUAGAACAAUAACCAAUCAGAAUACAACAUGUUCCAAACCCUUCAACCAAGCGGCCUACGCAUUCAAUGCAAAGAUGAAGCUCAAUUUGGCAGCCAUUAAAGCAAACCUGGGUAUGCUCACCAGCUUCGUAGAUGCUUAUGCCAUCCUCCAAGCGGCUGUCCAGAACCCCACCGCCUACGGUUUAAAGGAGACGGCAAAGGGGUGCUGCGGGACAGGAUUGGUUGAGUAUGGAGAGACGUGCAAAGGCUCCACCACUUGCAACGACCCUGAAACCUACGUCUUUUGGGACGCUGUUCAUCCUUCCCAAAAGAUGUACAAAAUCUUAGCUGCCCAAGCCAUUCUAUCUGUUCAACAAGACAUCUUAUCCUAGUUCUCUUCUUUUUCCCCCUCAAUUUGUUUUCUUCUAUUCUUUUGAAUGGUUAACAAAUUUAUUAUCUUCUAUCUUAGGCUCAAUUUGAUUAUAUGAGAAGAAGAAUUGAGUAUUCGAGAUAUGAUUUAA